AUGGACACCUUCAGCACAAAGAACCUGGCCCUGCAGGCCCAGAAGAAAGUUCUCAGUAAGAUGGCCUCCAAGGCCAUGGUGGCUGUAUUUGUGGACGACACCAGCAGCGAGAUCCUGGAUGAACUGUACCAAGCCACCAAAGAGUUCACCCGCAGCCGGAAGGAGGCGCAGAGGGUGGUGAAGAACCUGGUGAAGGUGGCGGUGAAGCUGGCCGUGCUGCUGCGGGCAGGUCAGCUGGAUGGCAAUGAGCUGGCCCAGCUGAGACGGUUCAGGGGCAGGGUGCACAGUCUGGCCAUGACAGCCCUCAGCUUCCACCAAGUGGACUUCACCUUCGACCGGCGAGUGCUGGCCGCGGGGUUACUGGAGUGCAGGGACCUGCUGCAUCAGGCCACUGGCACGCACCUCACCGCCAAAUCCCAUGGCCGCAUCAACCAUGUCUUUAGCCACUUUGCCAAUGGCGACUUCCUGGCUGCGCUGUACGGCCCAGCAGAGCCCUACCGGAGUCACCUGCGCCGCAUCUGUGAUGGCCUCGGGAGGAUGCUGGACGAGGGCGGCAUCUGACCUGGUCUGGGGACCGUUUCUGUCCCCGAGACCACCACCACUUGUCCCAACUUCUGCUCCUCUUUCUACUUCUGAAAUACU